CUAUGCAGGUCUUGGGACCUCUCACCCCCUCUCCUCUCUAUGCAGGUCUUGGGAGCUCUCACUCCUCUCCUCUCUAUGCAGGCCUUGGGACCUCUCACCCCCUCUCCUCUUUAUGCAGGUCUUGGAACCUCUCACCCCUCUCCUCUGCAUGCAGGUCUUGGGACCUCUCACCCCUCUCUUCUUUAUGCAUGUCUUGGGACCUCUCACCCCUCUCCUCUCUAUGCAGGUCUUGGGACCUCUCACCCCCUCUCCUCUGUAUGCAGGUCUUGGGACCUCUCACCCCUCUCCUCUCUAUGCAGGUCUUGGGACCUCUCACCCCUCUCCUCUUUAUGCAGGUCUUGGGACCUCUCACCCCUCUCAUCUGUAUGCAGGUCUUGGGACUUUUCAACCCUCUCCUCUUUAUGCAGGUCUUGGGACCUCUCACCCCUCUC